AUGUCGAAUGAUACACAUAACGAACUGAAAAGUGGAGUCCGUCUGGAAACUCUAGGAUUGGACAAUUCGAGGACUACAAAUACAUCUAACGAACACGAAGUGAUAGGUUUGAAAAAUAGUAAACUUCAAGAUAGUAAACCAGGAAACUCGCCGUCAAAGAAUAAGAAAAACUUGGAGAUAGCAACAAGUGACCAUAGCAAACUAGACGAACAUUCUGGUAGUAUGGAAUCACCGAAUAGAGCUAAAAAACCAUUGGAAGAUAAAAGGGUAUUGAGUACAAACACAGCUGAAAAACAAGCUCGAAUUUCACUGGUUAACUCUUCAAAUGGUGGUCCCCAAAUUGGAGCAAGCCAACACGUCCCUUCAAGCGGCAGCACAACACCAUCGAGGGCAACACACUCUAUACAGCCCAAUGCCCAGCUAAAUAGAGCCACGAUCAACAAUAUCAACAAGUCAUUGAAAGCGAAGCAAAAAGUUAUACAUUCAAAAGAGCCACAUCCAAAGAACUCAACACUUAUCUCUAAUAUGAUUAAUAAGUCACCACAGUCAUCAGUUUUUCCCAACUUGUCAGCAGGACCCAGUAAAAUCGAUUUGGAGUUGUCGACACCUUCACAGUCAAACGCCAGCUUGACAAAGAUUAAUGGUGUUAUCGCCCCUGCACCAACACCAAAGACGGGAAAUCGAGUCGGCAAUGAUGAAAAUGCAAAACACGAUUUGACGCGACUACCACAGAUGUCGUUAACAUCACUUCCACAGUCACAAACGGAGGGCCAAACAAGGCAACAAUCACAACUGGGGCUACCGUCAGCAAAUUUCACACUCCAUCCCAAUAUAUCCAGUCUAAAUACAUCUUCCAUGGCAAAUUUGAAUGAUGCCGAUACUUCAAACAAACAAGUAAAGCAAAAAAAGGUUGCCAAGCAAAGCUCGACAAAAACCGACUUUUUCGCUGCCAAACUUGCUAGUGCAGUGGACGAUGUAGAAAGCAGUGAUAGUGAUGAAACUUUUGUUUAUGAAAACAAUGAUGACACCUUUGAUACGACAAAUAACGCAAAUCAGAUGAAUCCAGCUGACGGCGUGAGUAUAAGUGGUAGUGUAAGUGGUACCCACACAAAUCAUCCAGGCGGUAAGAGACCCGCUUCUGUUUUGGAAGCUGAACAGCUCAACGACGUCAAACCGCAUAGACUCAUGUCAAGUAAAGCUCCAUCUAUUGCAAACUCGAUGAAUAGUCAGGUGCAUAUGGAUACUCAUGUAUUGAGACGACCUGCACAAGUGCGCGCACUAUCCGGGACUUCUAUCAUCGAAAGUGGUGAACGGAAUUCUUUACUCAGUGGAAUGCCAGACCGAGUAUCGGUUCAGGACCUCAGUUUUCAACAAGGUGACAAAAAUAGGAGAAACGUGAGUGUUGCAGAAUCCAUUGAUGAUGGGUCAAAUGAUGACGCAUUUUCGAUACAGGAGAGUGAAGAAGAAAUGGGGAGGGGUACGUCCACGGAAGAUGAGAGACUGGACAGAGCUAACGCUUUACAAGGAAGUACAGCACCUCAGCAAUACCUUCAAGUUUCACAAGCCACAGCAGAUUCGUCGGUUGGACAAUCCGUAUCUAGCAGGAACAUUUCGAAACGAGAGCACAAGUCUUCGACAACAUCAUCAAAAUUGAGAUCCACCACGUCGAAACUAUUUGAUAAGAAAGGAUCACAGCCUAGGAGGUAUAGUACAAUCCCCGAUGACAUUGAUAUCGAGGACUUUGAUGACGAACUAAUAUAUUAUGACAACAGUGUCAAAUUUCCCCACCCAGAUGAAUCUUCGUCUUUACUCAACUCAAGUCAGAGGAUACCACAUUACAGGUCGUUGAAUUUGAAUUUUCCAAGAACAAGAGGACAAAGUAAAAGAUUUUUAUCUACUGGUCAGCCAUUAAGUCCUAAAGAUCAUGACUCAAACACGAAUGGUCAUCAUGUUUACCCUUUUCCGUACCACGAGCAGCAACAGCAACAAUUACAACAACAACAGCAGCAGCAGCAAAAUUAUUACUACGACGUUGACGACUUUGACCAAAAACCCGGAUACAGUCCCAAUUUUGAUCUACCUGAACUAACGAUGCACAAGAAAGCAUCAAGAAAUUUCAGUCCCAUUAGUCAUCCAUAUGCAAAUGGAGUUCAUAAUUCAUUGUUUAUGGGUCAUGCACCCAUUAAAAAGAAAUCGAGCUGUGUUCGGUCUUUCUUUUACACACUCAUUUGCAUACUUGUCGUUUUAACGGUGGGAUUCAUUUUAGGAUUUGUCAUGGCAACCACGAAGGACUUGACAGGAGUCAGCAUUAACUCUAUAGAGAACCCCAUUGUCAGCAAGGAUGAACUAGUUUUUAAUGUGGUGGUGGAAGCGUUUAACCCUGGAUGGUUUUCAGUUGAUAUCAAUGAAGUUGAGUUGGAUUUGUUUGCUCGAAGUGGAUACCUCCCUGACGACGAUAGAGUUGAUAUGGAAGAGAGUGACGCUAAAGUUGAAACGGUAAAGUUGGGAACCAUACGCAGACUAGAGUCGACGAUGAACUUUCGUGGCGGCUUUUUCUCUAGGGAGUCCACAAUUCAAAAGGCAGAGAUUAAGCUUCUCAAUCCAGGAAAGGAUGUGACAGAGCAAAGAGUUCAGAGCCACAAUGGAACAGAUCUGGAUAAUACCGAAAAGUGGGAAAUAAUCAGCGAGAACCCUUUUGACUUGAUUAUAUCCGGUGUGUUGAAGUACGAUCUUCCGUUGGUGUCGAGCACGAAAUCAGUCGUUGUUAGAAAGAUUGGCUAUAUAGACCCCACGUUAUUCAUUUGA